UAAGUCUAAGUUUAUAAAAAUGUAUGUUUAGAUACUGUUUUAACAGCGGUAUACUACUGUUGACUUUAUUUAUCGCUAUAAUGAAUCACACUCAGCAUUUUCGAAAGAAGCGUUAUACAGAAGACAUAUAAGUUUUAGUAAAAGCGAAGCAAAAGAUACCAAAGCGAUAUUUAAACUAACAAGUCGAAGAGUUCCGGUAAGCAGAAUAUACUCAACAUGUGGCAGCCUUCGUGUUACUCGUGUACGUUUUAUGAGAGUAUAUGUUGGUUUUCAAUUUGAAUUGGCAAAGUAGUCAAAUGAUAUUCGAGUAAUUUCCUUCUUUUCUAUAGGAAAAUAAACAAGUGUUUAAGACACCCCUUCGACGUUUGAACGAAAACUUAUAUCAAAUACAAUAUAGAGGAAAGAAAAUAUAUAUAUGGUUCAAUCAUAAGCCAUUAGUUGAAAUGGCAUACUAAUAAAGAUAUAAAAAAAACCACAGUCGAUUAAACAAUACACAUAUUAUUUAAUUGAUCACCCGUCGGUGAGUUCAUGUAUCCCGGAUGGGUAAUCAGUUCUCUUUUCAACUAUCGGCAUCAUUCGUGUUGCAUCUGGCAACAAAUAACUCAUCAGAGAUAAUAGGCUUUUAAUUUUGUUUGCAAAGACUCGUCAGUGGCGCUCGAGGCAAAAUAGUUGGAAUGCAAAAUCAAUAUAGCAUUUGAGGAGUAUUGAAAACCAGCUUUUCUAAAAAGCUUUCAAAGGCAUAUUCGCCUGGUAGUGGGAAAUAUAUUUGUGAGUUUAAUGAGCAGUACAUUCACAACAAAACGACGUAAUAAUGUCUUUUAAUGUCAACAAAUGAAUGCCUGCCGACUCUCGGAUUUGUGAUAGCCUUAGGACAGGAGUAUAAAGGUCGAGGAAAAGAAACAUUCAGUGAUGUUUUUAUCGGAGAAAAAGAAACCAAUCAAAGAAACCAGGCUUAUAAUUUGUACGCUACACACACGUUUCGUCUAUAAAAGACUCAUCAGCGACGCUCGAUUCAACAUAAACACAAACUUACAAAAUUACAAAUAAGGGGUCUUCAGUUUUCAAAAUCAGAACUGGACUAUGGCAAUGACAUGUAAUAUAAGAUAAGAUGUGAUAGAAUUGCUAAACACAAAACUUUGAAUCAGAAAAUUACGACAUAGUUGUAAGCAGCAAUUAAGGGUCACCAUACGGCCUUCACCAAUAAGGAAAAGCAUUACCUUAUAGUAAGCCAUAAAAGGCACUGACCUUACAAGAUGACAAAACAAUUUAAACUAAAAAAAAACAAGCGAUAUGAAAAAAGAAUUUGAUAUAUGUUCAACAUGAAAGAAUGGCACAGGAAUAUUUGUUUGGUAGGCUUAAAGGCCUGUAAUAUGCAAUCUUCAAAUCAACAGGUGAAAGAAGGCACUUUCAUUAAAUGUAUGUAUUAGUCAUUAUUGAUAAGGCCGACAAUAUUAGCAAACCUGUUGAAUAUAGAAAAUUAAGUUUGUCAGUACAAUUUUUUAAUGACUCAAUGUUAGUUUCCGAGGGUAUCAUUAGCUCAGUUGCCAGUGGUACAGACAUGAUUUAUUACAUACCUUAGCUGCAGUUCGUACACUAUCUGUUGAUCAAUUUAGAAAUUAAUAGGAAACCCAGGUUCCAUCCCACUCAGUAAAAGUUUACCAUAAUGAAUUUGCUCCAAUUGUCAAGUCCCUUUUGGUCACAUAAAUCUCCACGUGGUUUGGUACUAAUACAUUCUUCGCUAUUACAUAUGUCGACUUUGAACGUCCCCGAUGACGGAAAAUCAAGACAAACUCUUAGAACCUAUAAAACUUUCAAAGUGUUAUUUGCAUUACAAGUUAAGGUUAUUUGUAUAUGUAGGAGAAUUACGUCUCGUUGGGGGUGCAUGCCAGCUACAGGGAAGACUUGAAAUUUUUCAUUAUGGUAUAUGGGGAACCGUUUGUGAUAAUGGGUUCGGUUAUAAUGAUGCAGUUGUUGUAUGCAGGCAGUAAGGUUCAAGGUAUGGAUUUAUUUCUUUCUUCAUUCCUGCAUUUAAAAAUAUCUAUAAUGCAGGUGUCUUAAACUAUCCACUGCGCUGAAAAAAAAGAUGUAUUUUAUUACUCCAGAUGACCAUCCAAUGCAGACCGCUAUCCUAAUAAAAACACAUAUGUAAUACGCGUUACUCUGUAGUCGAUUUCAGUCAGGGUGCCGAAACAGUGAUAGGUAAAAAUAGAAAAAAAUUAACUGGCCUGACACGAAUUUUAGUUAUACAGAAACCCAAACCAAAACAAAACAAGGCAAACUUACACAUACCAUGAGUUCGUAGUUGUAAACAAAAGAGCAUUAGAAGAAGCUGAAGUGGGAAUCAAUCGGAUUAAAACAAGCAUAAUAUUCUAAAGAUUAAUAUUCUCUGCAUUUAUCUAAGAGGAACAAAACAACCGAAAUCGAAAAAAUCUAAACAGCAAUCUCAAAAUGGACAAUAAUUUGCUUUAAAAAAUAAUUGAAACGAAAAAUUAGUUAAGAACAAUACCUAUUAUGAAGGAAAUAAAAAAAAACGAAUCAAAAAAACUUUAAACAGAAACGAAUCAAAUUAUACAUAAUUUGUGUUUACUAAUAUACACUGAAAACACAUUAAUCAUCAAGUGUCGCUGUUUAAUAAUACUUACACUAUUAUAGUUUGCAAUACAACAUACAUACGGACCUGUGCACUAUAAUGAAUAUUUAUUCUAAGUAUACCACGUUUAAGAGAACCUGAAAAAAUACUACUAGUAUCUGAAAAAUAUUUUUAUGUAUGCUUCAAAGUUCCUGGACAAAUGUUCAGUUCUAUACAUCUGGUGACGGGGAAGGACAAAUUUGGCUGGAUGGCUUUACCUGCAGUGGAACUGAAACAGAAUUAAGUAGCUGUGGACAUAAAGGUUGGGAUACCCAUAACUGUAAUCAUGAUGACGAUGUAGGAGUCUGGUGUUUCGACGCAUCUGAGGGUGAUCUACGAUUAAUUGGUGGAACUGACUAUGGUAGAUUGGAAAUUUACCACAUCAAUUCCUGGGGAACAAUUUGCGAUGAUGGUUUCACUAAAUACAACGCAGUAGUUGCAUGCAGGCAAUUGGGAUUAAGACUUAAAUUCGGUGAAGGAAUGAUAUGGUUGGAUGACGUUGCCUGCAAUUUGACAAAAUCUGGUAUAGAUAUGUGUAACCAUAUUGGCUGGGGAAUUCAUAACUGUGGACAUGGUGAAGAUGUUGGUGUCAGAUGUUAUGGUAGCUAUGAAACAUUUAAAGGUGAUCUGCGUCUAGUUGGAGGCGACACUCCUAGAGAUGGACGUUUAGAAGUGUAUUAUAAUGGCCAAUGGGGAACAGUAUGCGAUGAUGAAUUUGAUAUCAUAGACGCUCGUGUUGCAUGUAGACAGCUCAGAUAUAGCACAGAUGCUGCACAGAUAUACAAACACGGCGGGGCAUCGUCAAAUACUAAAAUCUGGAUGGAUCAGUUGAGAUGUGUUCCAAGUCAUAUACGAUUGGAAAAUUGCGGAAAAUCGACUUGGGGUAGUAAUGAAUGUAAUCAUAAUGAAGAUAUCGGUAUCAAAUGUUUCGGAAAGUAUGUCGUAAGUGGAAACUGGGGUGCGUGGUCUGUUUGGAGUUUGUGCAGCGCUUCGUGUGGAAGUGGAACUCAACAAAGGCGGAGAUUAUGUAACAGUCCUAUUCCAUCUGCAGGAGGCAGUGACUGUAAUGGAACGGGUAGUCAAACACAAAAUUGCAAUGUAAUAAAUUGUCCAGUCAAUGGGGACUGGAGUGGAUGGACUUCUUGGAAUCUCUGCAGUGCAACCUGUAACGGAGGUAUUCAAGAUAGAACCAGGAAAUGUAAUGCACCUUUACCAUCAAAUAGAGGAAUAUAUUGCAAUGGAACAAUUAUAGAAAGUCGUCCUUGCAACAACAUUUUCUGUGAAAUUCAUGGGCAAUAGGGACAAUGGCAAGAGUGGAAUGUUUGCAAUACAACUUGUGGAAACGGAUUUAAAAAUCGAUCCCGGAAAUGUGACAGCCCUUAUCCAAUGUUUGGUGGAUCUGAAUGCGUUGGACUAGAUUUCGAUAUUCAAAUUUGUUUUCAAGACAUGUGUUCAGGUGCUCAACAACAAAUAAAAGAAGAUGCAUCAAAUUUGUUCUCUGCUGGGUUUGUUGGAGGUGUUGCCGUUGGUUGUAUUGUUAUCACUGCGGUCAUUAUUUUCAUAGCUCUCUUUAUAUUCCUCAGAUUUAAUCCUGGUCAAGUUG